GGGCGGGGCCUGAGGGAGAGGCGGGAAGAUGGCGCUGGCCUGGGCGGCGGCGGCGCUGAGGGCGGCGGCAGGGGGCGGCGUGAGGAGGCCGCGGUGGGCUCAGGACCUCCCCCGGUUCUGCAGCACCCAAGAAACCCCCAAGGAACCCCCGCCCGCCCCUUCCCCCUACCAGGACCGGCCCUGGGAGUACCUGGAGAGCGAAGAAUACCGGGCCACCUACGGUGACAAGCCGGUGUGGCACGGCUUCCGCCGCAACCACAAGGGAUCCGUGCCCCCCCAGCGCACCCGCAAGGCCUGUCUGCGCCGGGGGAAGCGUGUGGGGAACCCCUGCCCCAUCUGUCGGGACCGGAACCUUCUCGUGGAUUUUCGG